AUGGUCGCCGACACCAGCAUCGAUACCUUCUUCAACAUCUACAACUUCUCCAAGUCUGCUUGGGAGCCGCUCAUUGAGCCCUGGCAGCUCGGCUUCCACAUGUCCAAGGAGCAAAACCCCGACAAGCUAGCAGUUGAGCUGUACUCAAGGAAGUCUCUGGACCUAACGGUUACUGCUGCCACGAUUGCACUGGCAUCGAAGUCGGCGGACUUCCUGUCGAGCGAUGAAGACGUGCUCUCAAAACCGCGUGGCACCGACGCCCCGUACCGCAUUCGCAACUACACUGGUUUCGAUAUGAACGUCUGGGCAGUCAGCGAGAACACUGAUGGAGGCUCUGCUGCCAAAUUAGCCGAUGGUCAAGAAGCGCCAUGGAGGUUUGAGGACCCGACAACUACCAGAGAAACGCUCGCACCGGAGGGUGCAACUGGUAUUGUUGGCAUCAAGCUGGAAGGCAGCGGGUUUGACAGCAUCAACCGCAUUCCGGUCAACCGUGAGGGCGAGUACAUCUACAACCUUCAGCCCCGUAAGGACCGUAUCCUCCACCGCAUCUGCUGCGAAGUCUCGCUUGGCCAGGACAACGUCAAGUAUAUCACCUUCCGCUCUCCUCUCGUCGUCGAGAACAACACUCAGAUCCCUGUCGAGAUUGGCGUCUUCAGCCCUGAGGAUGGAAACUUGCUCAAGAUCGAGAAGGUUGCUCCUGGAGAUGCCAGGCCUGCUCCUGCUGUUCUGGAAGGAUAUGCUCAAGCGGCCCACGAGGAUUAUCACGUGCAAAGGCGAGAGUGA